GUAUUAAUUUAAUAAAUCGUCUAUAAAGAGUGUUUAUAAUUUGAUAGGCGGUCAUAUUCGGCCUUUUCGUCUUGUAAUGCUUUUGAUUGACACGAACAGCCCCUAGUUCAAUUCCGAGCUUCUGAUUGGCUAAGCUACUAGGGGGCAAUCAUUAUAGAGUUUGCAUGUGUGAGUCGGAUUUGAAUGAAUGUUGGACACGGACAGAACCUUUCUUUUAUCUGAGAUUUUUAUUUGGAAAUCUAUCAAAAGGAUUAGAUGGGAUACUACAAGAAGAUUUAUUGAGUGUAUAAUUUUCAAUUUUACACGUCUAUACCGGCCGGAGGAGCGAAACGGCCCUGCAACUCGAGAAACAAGUUCAGACGAGUUCAAAUUCAUCGCUUUGUAUGUUGUAAACGAGAUUUUGUUGUCGAAUACGCUACCUUCUUGUGUGAUACGUCGACAGUUUACGCUGCUCGUUUUGAAGGAUUAAAUUUAUUUUUGGUAUGAGAUAGCUAGAGCAUUUUGGAUAAUCAUGUGGGAUCAAAGCCAUAAAUCGCUCAGUGAUAUGUUACCGGUUGAUCCUACUGUGAAUCAGUAUGGAGCACAACCCAACCUUAUGAAUGACUUCCUACCCAAGAACGAGCUGGAUCCCGAAAAUGCGAUGAGUUUGUAUGGAGGACCUAUGUCUGGCCCAGGUGGCCCGAUGUCAGGUCCUGGUGGUCCUAUGUCUGGUCAUGGUGGUCCAAUGUCCGGUCCUGGUGGACCAAUGUCAGGUCCUGGUGGACCAAUGUCAGGUCCUGGUGGACCUAUGUCAGGUCCUGGUGUACCAAUGUCUGGGCCAGGUAUACCAAUGUCUGGUCCUGGUGGACCAAUUUCCGGUCCUGGAGGGGUAAUGGCUGGUCCUGGUGGUCCAAUGGGCGGUCAUGGUGGACACAUGUCUGCUCCGGGACCCAGUAUGAGUCAUGGUAUGGGUGGUCCUAGCCUUGGUGCACCUAAUUUACCUGUGCCUUCAAGCAUGAACAUGGGGCCACAAUUAUCACAGCAUAAUUCUCAAUUGCCAUUGAGUAUGGAGCGACAUAUUCAACAGACAAACGAGCGACUUAUGUGUAUAAAGCAACAUCUAUCUUCCCCGCAAGGUUUUCAAAAUGCUGCCAGGGAACUUUUGGAAUGGUGCAGUGACGUAAGGGCAUUCCAAGCUCCAUUCGAAGGCAAUUUGAUGGCAUGUUUGACGGCCGUAAGUCACGUGGCUACGAAACCUGGCUUUGAUCUAAACCUCGGCUACAGGUUGCUCGCUGUUUGUUCAGCACACAAGGAGAAAUUUUCACCUAAGUCUAUGAGCUUAUUAUCGACAUGGAGCGAACAGUUGGGUCGCUACCUGCUUCUUAAGCAUCCGAAAAGAGAACCUGUGAAUGGAGAUCCUAAUGGUCUCAUGUGGUCUAUGCAACCACAGCAACAAGCACAACCAUCUGUGUCUGUAGUCACCACUGUUUGGGGUGUUGCAUCUACUACGAGUCAGGCACAGUUACCUACAGAUAAUAUGAUGCCAUCUACAACUAAUACAGCACAAGUGAUGAACCAACAGCCUUAUGGGAAUCAUGCAAUGACCAAUCCUGGGAAUAAGACAUAUCAACAACCAGGUUUUCCUGUUAAUAACUUUCAACGAAGAAUGACUGCAGAUAACUCACGGAAUGCCCCUACGUAUCCUUCCAAUCCAAGUACUCCUCAAUCUGCUGGUCAAUCUAAUCCAUUUCAUUAUCCACAUUCUGGUCCACCCAAUGCCACGCCGUUUCCACCCGGUGCUGCUCAAGUACCUACCCAACCUCAGAACAAUCAGUACGCGGGUAGCGGACCUGCCGCCGCCGCCGCUGCGGCUGCAGUUGCUGCGGCAGCGGCCACUGCUACUGCCACAGCGACGGCCACUGCAACAGCCUCCUUGCAAGACCCGGAUGUCGAUGGGGCAUUCGGCUAUGAUCAAUAUCAAGGACCUGGACAAACCCCUCAACAACCUCCACCACCCUAUUCAAAGUCAUACCCCCAAGCGUAUGGUAACAAACCUCAGUAUCCUGGUGGCUAUCAGGGCAACCAAAAUCCAACAAUGAACCCGGGCAUGAGGCCAUCAAUGAUGUCUCGACAACAAAUGGUGCACCAUUUUAUGCAAAAUAGACCGCUGGGCAAUCCCAAUGUGAACGCAAAUCUUGCAGGAAUGAUGAACGCGGGCUAUAACAAUAAAACUGGUUUUCACAAUCAGGCUCAAGCAAUGCAAAAAAAUCAAAUGAGAGAUAUAAAGCCUCCACCAAGCUAUCCUAACUAUAAUCCUGGUUAUCCACAGAAUUCGAGCGUCCAAACUCGGAACAUACAUAAUGCGAAUUUUGGCUCGAACAUGGGAGCACAAUUCCAGUCGGACAUGAAUAAGAUGAAUGUUCGGCAAAACAUGAAUCCUAACAACUUGAGGUACUCUACGCCUUCGAGCAACACAUUACCGGUCAGCGGUAUGAUGUCUCCAAAUGCUACUCCACUUGAUAUGAAUCAUGGAGUAAUGCCACAGAAUAAUAUGUGCGGAGGAAUGCCGUCAUUUGAUGUUCCAGAUAUCAAACCUCGGAUUCAUGCACAAAAUGACAACGACCAACUUCGGUUAACCUUUCCAGUCCGUGAUGGUAUAAUGCUACCGCCUUUUCGACUUGAGCACAAUCUUUCCGUUAGCAAUCACGUCUUUCAUUUACGCGAGUCUGUGCAUCGCACGUUAGUCUGGAGGCCGGAUUUAGAACUGCAGUUCAAGUGUUACCAUCAUGAAGAGAAACAACAGCACACCAAUUGGCCAGUUUCGGUCUCCGUGAGCGUCAAUGCAACACCGCUGACCAUCGAAAGGGGCGAAAACAAAACUUCACAUAGACCUCUUCAUUUGAAGAAUGUUUGCCGUCCCGGCCGAAACACAAUACAGAUAACAGUGACAGCCUGUUGUUGUUCGCACUUGUUUGUCUUGCAACUUGUACAUCGACCAUCUGUUAAAUCUAUACUUGAUGGACUUUUGACGAAACGACUUCUUCCCGAAGUACACUGUGUAUCAAAAAUAAAACAACACUUUGCAUCGCCACAAAAUCUUGGAGCGAACGAUGACAGUGUGGAACAGACCGCCAUUAAAGUGUCAUUGAAAUGUCCAAUAACGCAACGACGAAUUUCGUUACCAGCUCGUGGACAUGAUUGUCGACACAUCCAGUGUUUCGACCUGGAGUCAUACCUCAAAUUGAAUGCAGAACGAGGUAGUUGGAAAUGUCCCGUAUGCAACAAAACGGCCGUGUUAGAGUUACUAGAAGUUGAUCAAUUCAUGUGGAAAAUCUUAAACAGUUUGAUCAAAUCUGAAAGACAAACGGGACAAAUUUCAACAACUGAAGAAAUUACUAUAAAUCCAAACAGCGAUUGGUAUCCUGUUCCUGUGAAGAUUGAAGUGAAAGAAGAAGGUAACCCUGCCAAACGUCAAAAGACAUGUGAAAAUGGAACUGCUCCGAUAAAAAGCCCAACUAUAAACAGUAUAAACAGGGCUGGAGGUCAGUUUUCCCAACUCCAGGCUCCUACUGGUAUACCAUCUGCAACAACAGAUCUAAUGAAGACUUCCAAUCCUAACACCCCAAGGCUUGAUAGAAGCAACAGCACGGGAAGUCUUAGUGCUCAAGGAGACAAGUCUGUGAUGAGCCCAGCUCAUAUAGGACAAGUACCCACCCCAAUUCCUAUGGUAUCCUCACCGCACACGCCGCAACCUGUAAUAUCCACAGUCAAUACUACCUCUACUAAUCCCAACACACCAGUGUCAACUGUUUCUGCCGGUCCCAAUACGCCUACGCCAACUGUAUCAAGUCCUGGAACUGGCAUUGAUGGAAGUACUCACUUAAACGAUGGAAACAAGAAACCAGAUGAUCUUCCUUCUGAGGAGUUCCCACUAAUUGGGCAAACUCAAGACGUCAAUGGAGACCCAAAUGAAGACGAACUUCCCGGUAACCUAGAUCCUUCUGACUUCUUGCCGUAUUUGGAAACUUCGGAUCUCAGUGACGAUCUUCUUUCAAUGUUCGAUUGACGCAACGGUAUUGCCAUACAGUAUAUAUAUAUCUAUAUAUCUAUAUAAUGUAUGUCCACGUUUAUGACGCCUGAAUUACGUAUCCUUUUCCCAUUUUUUAAAAUAUUUAUAAAUAUGUAAGUUUUGUAUAGAAAGUUUUAUUUGCUCAUACUGGCCAAUUUAUUUUGAAGCAAAUAUCCGGUUCAGAAGAUUACAGUUUGCCUACGUAAACGCAAAAUGCGAGUAAUUUAUAAUGGGAUGGAUUGUAUCGGAGUUUGCAACCCAGUUAACUUUGACCACACCAAAUUUCAACCUCAGAAAAUUAAUUUGACAGUCAAAGCUUUAUCAUGUAGCUUUUUAUUAUGGCAAUGUCAUGGUAUUCUCUACUUUGUUAUAUUUUUAACAAAGUGUGUUUUAUUGAAUUUUUAUAUCAGCCCGUUUGACAAAACCCGACUGAAAUAUUUCUUCUUGCUUUGCUGAGCCAAAAUGUUCUUCAUUGUUUGGACGGCGGUAUGGCUUUUCAACACGUUCAAAGUCAUUAUUGGGUUGAAAACUCUCACAUACUCUCCUCUCCUUAUCUCAAAAUUCGAAAUUAGUCAUUUACUAUGCGGCUGAAUGUUUGGUGAAAUUUUAUGAUUGAUUUGGCUCCGUCAACAGCCAAUUAAACUUCCAAACAUCAAACAAAACAAAUACUAGCCAUUGUAACAGACUUUCUUACUUUUUUCGCUUUGUGAAGGAUCGUAGGUAGCCAAGACUGUGUUGUGUGGAGAGGCACUUUUCACAAGCAGUCAAUACUUAAACCAUAACCUGAAAUUUGCUUCUGUUCUGUAAUAACUAUAAAAUUAAAGCGACUAGUUUCAGACACACCUGACAUCAUGUACAUUUCAACACAAAUUACGAUGACAACACAAUUACGUGUAUAUUGUGAGCUUUUUAUGCGCGUCCGAGGAACGUAAUUUCAGGCCGUACAUUUAUGUAAAUACUUUCUUGUUGUCGCAAGAACUAUUAUACAGUUACACCCACAAGCUGGGAAAGGUUUCUUAUCGUGCUAUAAAGUAUACCUUAGUUUUACCUUAGAAAAAGUUUAAGUUAUUUUUAGGAUGGGUAAAGGGUAUUUAACCUAUUUUAAUAUAUAUAUAUAUAGUAAAUAAAAUGUUUUUGCUCGCCGUCAAGCAUAUUUUGGUGGGAAGCUGUUUGAAGAAAAGCAUGAUGGCUUUUUGUUCAACUAGUUUAUAGAGUAGUGAUUUUGAUCUGCACCAUUCAUUAUUGCUUGACGGGAGCUUUAAAACUUAGAUUGAUAAUUGUUCCCAAAAAUGUAGUUUAUAAUGUGUAUUGUAGAUACGCUAGUGCUAUUUAGUUGCUGGUGAAUAAAUUAAAUAGUUUAUCUUUUAGUCCAUCGAUAAAA